CAUACUCCCCAUAUUCUGAACCCCAUUGAAGAAAUGUGGUCUAAGAUUAAGUUUGGUGUGUGCCAAAACAAAUUAACAGAUAAAGAUUCUUUGAUACCUCGUAUUCAAGAAGCCGCAAGAAGAGUAACUAUCUCUGAUUGUCUUGGGUGGAUAAACCAUCCCAUUUCAUUUUUUGAUCACUGCUUGAAUUUAGAAAAAAAUCUUUAA